AAUGCAUCGGAAUCGGCAGUCUAUAUUCAUUUACCAAGAUGAUAAAGUUUAUCCUGAUUUUUUCACUAUUGUCUGUCGCUGCGGCACAGCAAGAAGAAGAACAACCUCUGUACUGUGACUACUUCUAUUUUGAGACACCGAGGGAAUACCUGUAUACGUGCCAGCUAACAAUCCACAAUCCCAAUGGCCUUAAUAACUUUACUACAAUCGGAGGUGAGCAUCUCGAUGGAAACACCGAUGACGAUGUGCAGCUAAUAUACGGAGGCGGCGGUGGUAUAACUACAAACAUCCCCCACAUCAUUUGUGCCACGUUUCGUAAUCUCAUUCGUAUGGAGUUGUAUGAAUUGGGAUUGACUGCAAUUGAUAAUUAUUCAUUCGCUAAUUGUUCACUGGUCAACGAAAUCAAUUUGACUGGCAACCAAAUCAGCUCAAUCACCGCGAAAGCUUUCGCUCAUCUUCCCAGACUAAUUAGUAUCGUCAUGGAGAGUAAUUUACUGACAACGUUACCGGUCGAUGUAUUUGCGACUGUGCCUAACUUACAGUGGCUGUACAUGGGUCAUAAUCUUUAUGAGCAUCUUCCAACUAAUAUUUUCCGACCACUUCGUCAGCUGGGGGUUCUGUCCAUCGGCAACUCCAAUCUUGAUGCUAUUGAUAGCGGAUGGUUCCAAACCACUGAUCGUUUGUACGAUUUGUAUUUGGCAGACAACAAUAUAACCAACAUAACGGGUUGUUUUGCUGGAUUACAAGGAUUGAAUUAUCUUACCUUAACUGGCAAUCCAAUCAGUGAAAUCCCGGCCGGAACAUUUACAGCAACACCAAAUCUUAGGAACAUGUAUUUUUCUUACAGUAAUUUGACACGAUUGCGAUCGGAUUCAUUCCCCAAUCUUGACCGUUUGACUACACUUGAUAUUAGCGGGAAUCCAAUUGGACGAAUUGACAAGGACGCCUUCCGGGGUCUCAACACGCUCACAUCGCUAACCAUAACGAGCUCGUCAAUUCAUUCACUCGAUCCGGAUGCAUUUCGGGGUGUGCCAAAUUUGGUUUAUCUUUCGCUGCACGACAACGAAAUUGGUGCUCUGCCAGAAGGUAUUUUCCAGUCAAUGUCAAACCUAAAUUACCUCGGUCUGUGGAACAAUAGUCUAACGACUGUGCACGGAAAAUCGUUUGGAUCGCUUUCGUCUUUGACAACACUGGACCUGGCGGAAAAUGAGAUCUUUUCAAUGGAUAGAAAUAUCAUUGACGACGCGACGAGACUUAACACGCUCUAUUUCAUUGGUAAUAACUGUGCAAACGAUAAUUUUGCUAAUUUUAUUAAUAACAGGACGCAGCAUCUGGAAUCACUAUCUGCAUGUUUCGAAAAUUACACAUAGAACCUGAAGAACUCACAGAGCUUAAAGAUUGAAAAAUAUUUAAAUGAAUGGCAACAUUUUAUUUGUUGUUUUUUGUACCUUAAACCGCAGACGAUCGGUGCACUGGCAUUUUUUUAUUAGGGUAAUGACACAUUUAAAAAAAGAGGAAAAAUUAUGCAGUCCAAGUAGUUGUACGAACAACGUCACAAAACAAUAUCAGUCGGUAAAUUCACAAGAGCCUCGUUAUCUCGUAUCGAGCUUGAAUUGGCUUGUCUCUCUCUCUCU